CUCGAAGGUGAACCAUCACCAUGUUUGCGACUUUCGGUCGGUACUUCUCAAGUUCUACCAGUGUCCCGCCAGGACAGGUCCAAGAAUUCUUGGAACUGUCGCUACACUGAGGAUCAGGUAUACUUAGGUGGGGGGCUGCGCGUUCCAGCCCAGCUGUCUACGAUCUGUGCCAAUCGCUGCACCCAAAAUGCAUUCGAAUGGCCAUGAUCUGAGCCUCGGAGUACUUGUCAACAAUGCCCGUACGAAUCUAUACAGCUCAUCCUCAAGGAGCCGUCACGAAAGAUCGCGGCACCGACGAUCCGACCGCGUGGGUGAUGUGACUGGACGCGCUGAUACGCGAUCGACAUGAGCGACCCCAGCAGCCUCCGACCUCGCCUACCUGUCUUCCGUCUCAUCCCGUACGCAGAGGACAGCACGACUUGGCGACCGUACAGCACACAGGCAUCGACGCACCAUGGCGCAACCUGUCUCUCGCGACGACUUCUUUUACGAUGGCACCACGUUCUACGUCGAGAUAGAGGGCAAGCAUCGUCAUCCUCGAUGCGACGCGUCCUCUCUGCACGGCCUGCUCACCUAUACGCCCGGCCCGCUGCUCACGAAGAAGGGCCAGGUCGCGAAGCGCCAGCCUCCACCGCAUAAGGAUCCUCCGGCACACUUCUACACGGCACAGAUGAUUCACUACGGCCUGAAGCCACUGAAGACACGCGAUCCGGCGAAGAAGAGGCUAGUCGCGGCUUUCAAUGGUGGCGCGACGCUCGCCGUUCCUGCGCAUAUUCUGCAGCUGGAGCAGCAGCUGGCGACGGAGUUUGCGGUCAGCGGCAAGGCUGUCGAGGGGCCACCCAAGACGAAGGCGAAGGCGAAGGCGAAAGGGGCAAAGCAAGCUGGCCUUGCUGUGACCUUCGUUGAGCAGGAGCAGCCGAAAGACGUGCCGCAGGUUGCCCGGGGCUCGAAGGCGGCAAGGAAGCCUGCGCCGGUCGUCGAUGGUCCGGCACUUCGUUCUUCUUUGGAAGGGCUAGCACACCGAGAUCUGGUUCAGAUCAUUAUGCGCAUUGCAGACGAUCCGGACGUUUAUCGCACGGUCUUUGAGCAUGUGCGGAAGCUCCAAGCUGCCGUUACCCCACUUCCUUCGCUCGAUUCGGGACCUCCGCGUACAAAAGCACCUAGCGGGCAGCACGCGCGCAAGAGCAGUCAAUCGCAGCAGAAGCCGAGCGAGCUGUUCCCGCCGCUUGAGGUCUCCAGUGAUCUUGACGAGCUCACAGAUGGGAUGGACGACACUCCGCCACGCGUUUCUCGCAACAAGAACCGCGCUGGUCAGACUGGUGCUUCGGCUAAGGCUCAGUCCUCGUCCGGGGCUGCCCCACUUAUGGGCGUCUACGAUGUCUCCGUGCCGUACCUCGAGGAACAGUGGCCGGAUAGUUUUGGUUAUGAGCGUCACGCAUUGCUGAAGGUCCGGCCCUCGUCGACUGGUGCUCACCUCUGGGGCAGCUUCGACUUUGGGCCCGUCACGGGAUUCUUCAAAUCCUACGGGGCCGCGCCUACCUCCGUAGGCUCCAAGAGCGAGCUCCGCUGGCGUGGGCGCGAUGAAGGAAGUGGAGAGAUGCAGCUUUUUGAAGAAGAGCAGAUUGGAUACGUCAAGUUCCUCGCGGAUGGUCGCAUCCAAGGUCGCAUCGAAGGCAGUUUCUUCGGCAAGGCGGACUUCACGGGUGAGCUGAAGGAGGCGAACAUCAGCGUCAAGGAUGUUCAGGAAUGGAAGGAUGAGUGGCGCAGCAUGAACGAGUCCUCAUAUGAAGCUGCGCGCGUUGGGCGAUGGGGAGGAUGGGGAGGGGAUCCGGAGCCUGACAAGCCUGACGCGUCGGACACCGAAGAGGAAGAGGAGGGUUCGGAGGAUGAUCAUUACGAUUCGGACGGUUCUGCAAAUGAGGGGUAUCUGGGCGUGUUGUCAACUUAGGAGCAGGUUUCACUGGCACGAACUGGCUAAUGCAAGGACGAUUCUAU